UUAUGUAGAGCAGAAGCUGCAUCAGAGCAAAUAAUGGCUUUCAAGGUGUUUUUUCUUCUGAUUUUAUUUAGAUUUGCAUCCUUAGAGCUUCCACAUAUGCGGAACUGUGACCCAGAGGAAAAACGAGACACUCCUACUCUUUGCUCUAAUUAUGAAAAUAUUAGGCAUGUUUAUGCAGAGAAGAAAGAACUUAAAAAAAGGUUUGACAAGCUGAAUGAUGACAUUGAAGACCUGAAAGAAUCUGUGGAAAACAACACUCUCACCCUUGGCAGAUUGGAGAAGAAACUUGAAAAAAGCCUUGAUGGGUUGACCAGAUCAAUGGAAAAACAAAUGGGUGACAUUUCCAAACUCCAGGAUAAAGUUAGCAAGCUGGAGAAGCAAAAAGACGGAAUGGUGGGAAACUUCAGCGACUUUGAGAAGAGACUCAAUGAUACUGAGAUGCAACUGUUGGAAAAAAAAGCCAAGCUUGAAAAUCUAGAGAUGGAAACUGAAGCUGCGUUCAACAACACCAACAAUCUUCUGAAAUUAUACAAGAAGGAACUCUCCCUUCUUAAGUCAACAGCAGGGGACCUUGCAGUCAACAUUAAAGCUCAACUGAACAACACAAAGGAGGACUUAGAAGAUAAUCUGGAGAAAGUCCACAAAGAAACUAAAGCCCUCAAUAGUAAAUUACACCAUCAAAAAUCUGAAUUUGAUCGCAAACUUGAAAGCAGAUUCAACAAAGUUAUUAAUGAGCUAAAGACACAGAAUCUCACAAUGAAUCACCUCAACAGUCAGACUGCAGAAAAGUUGGAAAUUUUGGAGGCAGAAACUGUAGCUGCUCUCAACAGCACAAAAACCCUGCUGAGGUUGCAAAUGGAUGAAGUGUCCCAACUAAACUCAACAACCAGAGGACUUCAAGUCAAACUUGAAGCCCAGCUGAAUGUAACCGAAGUGGAGAUUAACCAUAAAUUGGAUACAAUUCAAAGCGAAUUUAAAGUGCGGAAUAAAGUUGCUUUUUCAGCAAGCAUCGCAUCUUCUCAUUCGUUCAUUGGACAUGUCUCUUUUCAUACAAGGAAAAUUUUAAAAUUUGACAAAGUCUUUACAAAUAUUGGAAACGCCUACAACAAAAAGACAGGCAUCUUCACAGCUCCAGUUAAAGGUGUUUAUCUGUUCAGCUACAUGACUUUUGGUUACAACAUUUACACGUCGGGAGCUAUCCUGGUGAAGAACGGGAAAUACCAAGUGAGCACCUGGAAGUCAAAAGGAUCAGACACCAGCGACACAACGAGCAACUCAGUAAUCCUUGAAAUGAACGCUGGAGACUGUGCCAAUAUCAUUCUGUGGAGAGGUGGUAAAAUAUAUACCAGUGUCUUCAGUGGAUUCCUAAUAUUCCCAUUAGUCUAAGUUUAACAAAAACAUUUGACAUUAGCUUCCCUUUUUUGUCUUUUUUAAUUCCUGAAUUGUAGGUGUAGGGGAUUAACGCUCUAUUAAUAGGGUGACCUAGUAUAGAGCUGGGACGUUACUAUCUUAAAGAAUUCAGGAAAAUGCAACAUUGGAAGCUUAUAAGAUUUUAUUCUAUUUUAUCCCACAAAGUAGGCUUAAAGGUGCUGCAGGAGAUCUUGGAAAGACGGUUCCAGCAAGCUAUAUUUUUGAACAUACACAACCAUGCCUCUCCCUUCAGACCAUCACUCCAAAGCAUGCCUUCAAAAAAAAAAAAAAACGCGCAUGCUGUCUGCAGCGCGUCUAGAGCAGCAGGACCAGCGUAUCAGAGCAGCUGAAGCAGCGGGUCUGGGAGCUUGCAGGGAGACAGGCAGCACUGAUGAUCCUUAGCGCUAUGACUACUCCUCUGAAACAGUUAAUUAACACCUAAAUUAACUUAAAAUGGUGUGCAAAACAUGUUCUCAUUUAUUAUCCUGGUGCCUGCAGUUUGGAUGACAUACAUGAAAAAUGGCUUCCAGCCGCCGCGUCAAGCAGCGAAGAGGCGACCAGGCUUUUGAAUGGGAUUCCUAGUGACAGUGUACCGCCGGAGUAAGGGGGUCUGAGCGGCUUUGACAGAAAUAAAAUUUGAAGGCAG